AUGUGGUGCUCUGUGGUUCUGGUUCUCUGUGGAUUCUCUGCUUUGGUCCAGGUGUCGGUGCAGGGCCCUCACCAGAGGACCCUGUUGAAGAACCUACUGAAGGACUACAAUCGUAUGGAGAGGCCGGUGGGCAACGAUUCACACUCCCUCACCGUCUUCUUCUCUAUCAGUCUGAUGCAGAUCAUGGAUGUGGAUGAGAAGAAUCAGGUCGUCACCACUAACAUCUGGCUUCGGAUGAGCUGGUUUGAUCAUUAUCUUCAGUGGAACCAAUCUGAAUACCCUGGAGUGAAAAACCUUCGGUUCACAACUGACCAGGUGUGGACGCCAGACAUCCUCCUCUAUAACAGUGCAGACGAUGACUUUGACUCUACCUUCAAGACCAAUGUGCUGGUUAACUCCAGUGGCUUCGCAGAGUAUCUCCCUCCAGGGAUUUUCAUGAGCACAUGUAACGUGGACGUACGUUGGUUCCCCUUCGACAUCCAAAAGUGUGAGAUGAAGUUUGGCUCGUGGACGUACGAUGGCUGGCUGAUGGACCUACAAAUGAACGAGGCCGACAUCUCCGGGUACAUGUCCAACGGGGAGUGGGACCUAGUGGGAGUGCCAGGUACUCGUAGCGAGGUGUUCUAUGACUGUUGUAAGGAGCCCUACCCUGACGUGACGUUCGUUGUGACCAUCCGCCGGCGCACUCUCUACUACGCUCUAAACUUGCUCAUCCCCUGUGUGCUGCUAUCCUCCAUGACCCUGCUUAUCUUCCUACUGCCUGCCGACUCUGGAGAGAAGAUCUCUCUGGGUAUCACUGUGCUGCUCUCUCUCACUGUCUUCAUGUUGCUGGUGGCAGAGAUCAUGCCAGCUACUUCAGAUUCCAUCCCUCUUAUAGGACAGUACUUUGCCAGUACUAUGAUCAUUGUUGGGAUGUCAGUCAUAGCUACAACGGUGGUGCUGCAGUAUCAUCACCACGACCCAAACGGAGGACAGAUGCCCAAAUGGGUUAAUGUGGUCCUACUGCAGUGGGUAGCAUGGUUCCUACGUAUGAAGCGCCCAGGGGAGAGUGAUGACCCAGAGCGACCACCCUGCGCCCCCCACCUACGGCGCUGCUCCUCAAGCUCCCAGAGCGGUAGCAUCCCUAACCCUCCAGACCCCACACUCCACCCGCUCCACCCCCAGAACCUGGUCCCUCUCCAGGCUGGCCCCCAGCACUUGGGUCAUCCCCAUCUUCACGCCCAGUCCAGUGCCAACAACAAUGGAAACCUGCUCUACAUUGGCUUCCAGAAUCUGGACGACCCCCCACUGCUCCCAGAUCACAUCCAGAAUUACAGCAUCUCGGCCGGGCCUCCUCGAGUAGCAGGCAGUCCCCCUCCCCAUCUGCCCCCACCAUUUUGCAGCCCUCCGCCACCCCCCAUCCCGGACACCGUGGGCUGCCCUAGCACCAUUUCCAGCGGCGGAGUCUUCGGAAUGGGGAGUGGAGGACAGUACUCAGCAGGGCGUAUAGGCGACCCUCAGCUCCAGGCUAUUCUGGAGGAAGUGCGUUACAUGGCGGACCGCUUCCGUGAGCAGGAUGAGACGGAGAGCGUGGCUGACCAGUGGAAGUUUGCGGCAGCAGUAAUCGACCGGCUCUGCCUGGUGGCCUUCAGUGUGUUCAACAUCAUCUGCACCAUCGCCAUCCUCAUGUCCGCUCCCAACUUUGUGGAGGCUGCCUCCAAGGACUUCUUCUGA